AUGGAGCGCCUCCAGGUGUACCUCUCGAUCGUGCUCGAUGAAGCCGAGGUGAAGAAGCUCCUUUCGACGCUGGCGCUGCCCCGCGGAAGCUGGUACCGCCUUCAAACGAUCGACCAUCUCGUCGACAAGACGACGCAUGUGUUGCUGUCUGCCAACGCCGAGGCGAGCCGGUUUCUCUGCAGCCGCUACCAGAAAGGAGUCCAGCGCAUUCUUGCGAGCCGCAUCGUGGUCGUUCGCGCGCAAAAGUACGUGGCGUUGCCAGCGACGAGCACGGUCCAACGUGACACCUACCUCGAUCACCUCGACCCCUUCGACGACUGUUCCCAGCACCCGGCUGCCCAGCGCAACAACAACGACGACGACGCUCUACCAAACGAGAUGACGCCAACGAUUCCGCUUGCCUACGUCAUGGAGCUUCUCGACAUCCUGGGCGACGACGUGGCGCGCGUGCGCGACUUGUUCGAGGCGCACGCCAGACACCAGCGCGUGAGUCUCGAAGGCAUGACUGACAUCCUUACAUCCGAUGGCUCCCACGUGGCGCUGGACCUCGUGCUGCGACUGGUCUCGGACAUGGUCCAGAGCCGCACUGUGGCGCUGCAAUCGCCGCCAUUCGACCUCAAGGCGCACGUACUUGGCUACACGGAUGUGCUCUCGGUUUACGUCGUCUUCCACCGGCAGUACUUCAAUCGAUGA